AUGUCCAAGAGAAAGGUCUUGCCCUUGCCCAAGAGACGAGGCAACGGAAGCAGUGGAUCUACUCCUAAGGCUUCCAAUGGCUUUUCUGGACUGUCCAGCUUCGGUUCUGGAGCUUCUCCUGCGCCCCAGAUGUCGUUCUCUUCUCCUAGCACUACCGGGGGGUUUACCAAUACCAACACUACCAACAAUGAUUCAACAUCAGAUACUACAUUGAAGCGUAUUGCAAUGAACGAGAAGUUCGUGGACACUAUUUUCGCCAAGGUACGGGAGAAUGCCGCAGUUGAUUUGUCUGAUGUCGUGAGCAAGUAUCUCGAGUACUCUAAGACACUUGGAGGUGACCAUGCAAACGUUGCUAACAGCACUACCAGCACCACCAGCACAAUUUCUGCGCCUGUUACUACAGCCACACCGACUCCUGCUUCUGCCGACAAGCCCAAAUCGUCGCUUUUCUCGUUUGGAGCUACUAAGAACUUUUCCGCUGCCAACACAGACACUGAGAAAAAGGACACUACCUCCACCAGCACUUUUACAUCAUCACCCUCCUUCAACUUUGGAGCUGGGGCAGCCGCAAAGCCCGCAGUGUCGAAACCAUUCUCUUUCGGUACAUCUAGUGAUACCAAGGAGGAUAAGCCUGCUGUAACUACUCCCUCUUUUGGUUUCCCUAAGGCUGACACUACUAAGGAGACAGACGCCAAGGACACCACCACUGCUGCCAAGCCCUUUACAUUUGGAUCUUCUACUCCUUCUGGACCUUCUUUCAGUUUUAACAAGUCUGGAGCUGAUGUUGCCAAAGAGAAGACUGCUCCUUCUUUUUCGUUCACAGCUAAGAAGCCCGAAGAAAAGAAGGAAGAGAAGAAGCCUGAGCCCGUUUCUGUGGACUCCGAUUCCGACUCUGACGACGAUGCCAUUGACAUCACCAAGGGCCCCAGUUUUACUUUAGCUGCACCUCCCACUACCACAAACUCUGCUUUCUCUUUCAGCAAGCCUCAGAGCGAGGUGAAGAGCACAGGUCCUUCGUUCACCUUUGAUAAGAAGGUUUCCAGCGGUCCUUUCAAUUUCAAGUCCGAGACCAAGACUGAGGAGAAGAAGGAGGAUAAGCCGGAGGAGAAGAAGGAAGACAAGUCCGAAAACAAGAAGGACUUCACCUGGAAUCCCUCUCAGGGAGUUGUUUUCGGCAGCAACAAGACCGAAGAGUCUGCCGACAAACCCGCAUUUUCGUUUGGAAGUACUUCUUCGGCAAAGCCUUUUACUUUUGGCGCUAAGGCUGAUGAUGCUGAAGACAAGCCCAAGCCUGCUUUCUCGUUUGGAUCUAAGUCCGCCGAGUCAUCUGACAAGCCUGCCUUCUCAUUCGGAGCCAAGCCCGCUGAGUCAGCCUCUUCGGACAAGCCUUCUUUCUCUUUCGGCACCCCUGCAUUUGGUGCUAAGACUGAGUCUUCCUCUGACAAGCCUGCAUUCGGUGUUUCUUCCGGUAACCUGUUCAAGGGUGAUACCAAGGGGGAGACUAAGCCUGCUGCUGCUUCUUCCACCGAGUCCGGUGAACCAGAUGACACCCCCAAGACCGUCACAGACUCGGAUGACCUGUCAGGACAAGGACCAGGUGAGGAGAACGAAGACAAUGUCGCCGAGUACCGAACCAAGCUGUACAAGCUGGAUGACGGAAAGUGGGACGUGUGUGGAGUGGGUCAGCUGAGAGUGCUGGUGGACAAGGACACAAAGAAGGCCCGAAUUUUGAUGCGAGCAGAACAGAGUGGACGAGUGCUUCUCAACUGUGUGGUUCGAAAGGAGUUGACGUACUCGACGACAAAGUCGAACGUGAACAUUGUCGAUUUCGACGCGGACUCGAAGCCAAUCAAGUACAUGGCCCGAAUUAAGACUGCUCCUGAAGCUGAGCAGUUGUCAGCUAAGAUUGAGGAGGUGAAGUAA